AUGUCUGAACAUAGAAAUUUUUUUAAAGGACAAGUAGAAAUUCCAAUCUCAGAGGAUGGAGAUUUAUCCGAAAAAUCAAAUAAUCAUGGCAAAGAAAAGAGUAGAAGUACUUUAUUAGAUACAAUUUUAGGACGACCUAAUUUUUCAGCAACAUCACUUCAUAAUGAAUUGGACGAGCAUAUUGAAAAAUUUGACAUUUUUACAGAAAAAGUUGAAGAGCAUCGUACUUUACAAUUGAUAGAUAAAGAAGAUCAAAAUUUAUAUAAUGAAAUUAAUAAUUGGGUGGAAAAGAAUCCUGGUAUUACUUUGGAGGAAACUAUUUUGAAAUAUGAUCCGGAGAAAUAUCCUAAUUCUGAUGCGCUUGCAAAAGUAGUUCAUGAUUAUCCAUUCCCAGAUUUCAUUUUAAAAUAUGAGAAUGAUAAAGGCAAACACCUGUAUGAUAAUGAAAAGGACAAUAAAGAGAAAAAUGCGAUUCGAGCAAAGAAACGUCAAAACUUUGAAUGUUUGCUUCUUCGUGCUGGAUUGGUUCUUGAGCACGAAAUUGAUACAGAAGGAAAUCAUACUUAUGUUAAAAUUAUUGCUCCAUUCGAUAGAUUAUGUGAGCAAGCUCAACAAACUAAAAUUAAAAUUCGUUUGAACGAUGAAAGUUUACCAAAGGAUUUAUCAAUUUUUGAUACAAGUCGCUCCAGAACGAUAUUUUCUAAAAUCAAAGAAUUUUUCUCAUAUAAAAUAGAUCUUAAAAAAGAGUCGUCCGUUUUCAAAAAGGAUCGAUUGAAAAAGUUUAAAGGAGCAGAAUCUCAAAAAAAUAUUGCAGAAAUUUCAUUGAAUUUCUUUACUACUGCAAGAAGAAAUUUAUUAGUUCAUAGAAUGAUAAUUACAGCUAAUCAAAUUAAUAAAAAAGUGGUUUUAGAUAAUGGUCGGAUGAUAUAUGUUAAAAGAAAAAUAGAUUCUUUAGCAAUUAGCAAACUUCUUAAAGCUGGUGUUUAUGAUAAGUUUUAUCCUAUUCAUGAUGGUUUAGCUAAAAUUAAGUCUGGUUCAAUUACGUCUCCUGAAGAAUUAGAAAAAUAUAAUUUAAGGGCUCAAUUAAACGAAUUAUGGGUUAAAAGUCAUAGGAAACAACCAAUUGAAAAAAUAAGAGAAUAUUUCGGUGAAAAAUUUGCUUUAUACUUUGUUUGGUUAGGCUUUUAUACAUCAUGGUUAUCAAUAGCAAGUUUAGCAGGUUUAAUUGUAGUUAUUUAUGGAGUAAUUGACGCGGCAAUCGAAACUAGUUUUACCAGUAUUAAAGACGUUUCAGUAAUUUGGGAUAACGCACUUACGGCACCUUAUACAUUUUUAAUGGCAGUUUGGGCUACCUGUUUCUUAGAAUCAUGGAAGAGAGCCAACGCUUCAAUACAAUACGAUUGGGACGUGGUUGACUUCGAAAGAGAGGAGCUUCCAAGACCUGAAUUUUAUGGAACUAGAAUCGUAAUCGUAACUGUAGGAGUUUUAAUAAUUUUCCCAAUUCAUUUUAAUAUCAAUCCUCCAAAGUUAAGAGCUGUAAUUACAGCUUCCGUAAAUUUAGCAACCAUUAUUAUAUUGAACAUUGUAUACAGAAAUGUAGCAAAAUAUCUUACGCAUUUUGAAAAUCAUAAAACUCAAACACAAUUCGAAGAUUCAUUGAUUCUUAAGGCAUACCUUUUUGAUUUUAUCAAUUUUUAUUCGGCUUUAGUUUAUAUUUUGUUGUUUAAGCAACAUUGCGAGGUGUACGUAACCUGUAUGAAUGAACUUACAAUUCAACUAGCAAUUAUUUUUAUUGGUAAACAAAUGAUAGGACAAGUUCAAGAAGUUUUAAUUCCAUGGUUAAUGAGCAAAUGGUAUAAAACUAAAAAUAUAGCGGAACGAGAUGAAUUGCAGAAAAAAUAUGAAGAAUCUAAUAGAAAACAUACGGAAGUGCCGCAAUGGGUACAUGAUGAUAAUUUAACAAAUACAUCGGAAACCGUUAGAACCGAAUAUGAAGAAAUUGUAAUUCAAUUUGGGUUUAUUACAUUAUUUGGAACAGCUUUUCCAUUAGCUCCAUUAUUUGCUUGGAUAAACAAUAUGACUGAGAUAAGGUCCGAUGCGUUCAAGGUAUAUGAACCUCAAGAAUAUAUUAAAACAUUUCAAAGACCAGUUGGAUCUCAAGCGCAGGAUUUGGGAAUGUGGGAAAAUAUUAUGUCUAUAGUAUCAUUAAUAUCGGUAGUCACAAAUGCAAUAAUUAUAGCAUUUCAUUCAUCAUGGAUGCAUGCUCAAUUUGACAAAUAUACAAAGAAUUCGGAAGAACUAUUAGUUGCUAGGCUUGGUUUUGUACUUGCUUUUGAGCAUCUUGUAUUUAUCAUUAAAUUAAUAUUUGCGUAUAUGAUACCGGAUAUACCAAGAACAGUUAAAGUUGCAAUCGAGAGAGAACGGUAUCUUACUAGACUGACGGUGGAUGAGGAUCCACCUGCGUUAGAUGAAUAUUGGAGUGAAGAUAAAGAUGAUUCUUCUUUAUUUUCUGUAAAAGGAACUUUAUUGUUGCCUUCCAAAACUCCCACUGGUGGUAAUAUUAUUAAAGAUAACGCAUGA